AUGGGGAUUCCAAAAGUGACUGUGUUGAUAUCUGGUUCCGGUUCGAAUCUUCAAGCUCUCAUCGAUGCUAAAGAACAAGGUACGUUGCCAAUAGACCUUGUCAAGGUGGUUUCCUCAAGCGUUAAAGCUUAUGGGCUUGUUCGGGCUUCCAAUCAUAGUAUUCCAACAGCAAUACAUUCAUUGUAUUCAUAUACAAAGAGUAUAUCUAAGGAUGAUAAAAAGGCACGUAUUCAGGCCAGAGUGCGGUUUGAAGAAGAGCUUGCAGAAUUGAUUUUGAGAGAUGCGCCAGAUCUUGUAGUAUGUGCUGGAUGGCUGCUUAUUUUGGGUCCUUCGUUUUUAAAGAAACUUGGUGAUAUCCCUAUCAUCAACCUACACCCUGCGCUUCCUGGGGCUUUUGAUGGCACCACGCAUGCGAUUGAGAUGGCAUGGACAAAAUGCCAGAAUGAUAGUAAGCCAUUAAUUGCAGGGUGUAUGGUACAUUAUGUAAUUGAAGAAGUCGAUAAGGGCGAGCCCCUGGUCGUUAAGGAACUGGAGAUUGUUCCAGGAGCUGAAACCUUGGAUCAAUAUGCGGAGCGUGUACACCAGGCGGAGCACCGAGCCAUCGUUGAGGGUACCAUUAAAGCACUUCAGCAGCAGAAAAAGCUUUAA